GAAACUCCAGAGAAAAAGAAGCCACGGAUCCGAGAAGUCUUCAAAAUGAUAAACUUCACCCCCAACUGCACCUUCCCGACGGCCUCUGUGGGCUUUGUCCAGACACCGCCGAUCCGCGGCACCAUGGAGAUCGUGUGGUCGUGCGUAUCAAUUAUUUUUCUUUGCAGCUGGUCCAUCCUGCAUCUCAAAGUACCGCCGCAACACAGACCUCAAAAUUGGCGGCAAAAGGCUAGGUGGAAGUUCGCGCUUUUUUGCAGGAAGCUCAAAUGGAUGGUUAUAACCAUUUUCGCCCCCGAGAUUCUCCUGGGCUUGGUUUUUGUCGAUUUUAUAGCCGCCCGGAAAUAUACGCCCAAGAUGCGAGUAUUUGCCGAGGAAGACCAAAUUCCGUGGUCCGAAACGCAUACGCGGUUCGCCAACCAAGGCGGGUUCCUCCUGUAUUUCCCGCCCGAGUUACGGGGCUCUGCAGACACUGGAGGAGGCUCUGCCGGUAGUCCAGGUUUAGGAGCUGAUGGAGCUGCUGCCAUCGAGCUCGCAGAAAGGGGGGACCGCCGCACAGAAAAAGCACAAGCGAAAGUUGUUAAGCUCGAGGACGAUGCUCGAACCCCACAUUUCAACAGCCGGCGCAAGAAAUACGUCAGGCGCAGGGAGCGGGCUAUAAAUCACUACGGACCUUUACCCGGAACCCUAUCCGAAAACUUUUACAAUGUCGUGGCGGAGAAAGCCGUCCUACGAGAACAAGACCUCUCCGCCAACAACCUUCUCAACCACUUCUUCGCCGACAACCUUCUCAGCCACCUCAUCGAUACGUGGGUUAUCAACUCGAGGCAGCUGCGGUUUUUUCGAAAAAAGGGAAUUAUCGCCAAACUCCCCAAACUCGAGGAGGAAGACCUCGAGGACCGCAACAAAGGCAACGCCGUCGUCAAGCUCAUAGCCAUCAUCCAGAUUUGCUGGAUGGGCACGCAGCUGCUGACGCGGGCCGCGAGGGGGUUGCCGGUAACGACGCUCGAGAUCUCGGCCGUCGCUUUUAUUGCCAGCUCGCUCGUCAUUUACCUGCUGCAGCUGUCCAGCGUCCAGGAUCCGGGCCUACCCGUGCGGCUGGUCGCCACUCGUUUGCCCACCAGCGCCGAGUUUGGCAGCCACUUGCGCAAGGUGAACGUCAGGUUCACGGACCGGGUGGCGGCUAAUGGCCCGGCCAUCGAAAACGACGUGAUCCAGCGCUGGUCGUCCCAGGGGGCGGAGAAGCUGUACAUGUGCGCCUUCAUCGGGGUCGGGGGCUUACUGUUUGGAGGGAUACACCUUACCGCUUGGGAUUUUGCCUUUCCCACGCUUACCGAACGCGCGCUCUGGCGCGCCUCGGCCCUGGUCACCGUGGCCACGCCUGUGGUUGAUUCGUUGGGGUAUUGGGUGGAUUUUUUCUUCAACGCCGGCAGCUUAACGACGUUUGGCUGGAUACGGUGGACUGUCACUGCGUUGUCGAUCCCUGUUUAUGUGGCUGCGCGUUUGUUUUUGUUGGUCGAGAGCCUUAGGUCGCUGUACUUUUUGCCGCCGGCUGCGUAUCAAACGACCUGGACUAAGAAUGCGCCUCACUUUGGAUAGUUUUGUAUAGCUGGUUCUGGAGCCGUUUUUGGUGUUUAUCAUGUUUUAUCGUUCGUUCCAGUCUCCCUUCAAUCCCUUGCUGGAUUUAGAUUGCACCCUGCUUCCUUUUCUCUUUUUCCUUGCCAUACAAUCGUUAGGGUCGCC